GAGACUGACCACUGUGUGUGUGCGUGUAAGUCCAGGACAGAGCGCGAGGACAGAGAGUGAUGUACUGGGACGCUGUCAUCAAAAAAGAGCCGGAAAUGAAGAUGGAAAUUUGCCAGCCUGGAUAUUACACCGAAGACUUCAGGACACAGGAAGUGCCUGCUGGCUUUGACUUUGCAUCCUAUGACUUCCCUGGUGAAGACCUGUCUUUUUUGUUAGAGAGUAAAGCAGACGUGCAGCAGCAGCAGCAGCAGCAUCAGCAGCAGCAUCAGCAGCAGCAGCAGCAGCAGCAGCAGCAGUAUGCUGCAGAGACCAGCUUCCCUAAGCCAACAAAGGCUUCUCAUCCGUACAACAGCAAAGUGAGCAUCAUUGACUCUGCUCUGUUUAACCUGGACUCGUACCAUGAGUACAGCUGGUGGGGCUCAUAUCCACACGAGGUCCCAACAGUAGAUGAGUCCCAGUGUGGGUACCAGGAGUCUCCACAGACGUACCAGAGCCUGGUGUCUCAGAGCGCACAGUUCAGUCCAGCCAUGGAAGACAGCCACAGCCCGUUUUUAAGUGGGAAAACCACCAGCACAUUACAAAGUGAGAUUAAUCAGAGCUACUACAACACUGAGGGACAGAGGCAUGUGUCUUCCUUCUGGCCUGAAUAUCCAUCUCCAAGCUUCGCUGCUCCUCUACCACAACAGCCCUCGGCUUCCUGCCCCUCUAACUCAGAGCAGUACUGCCCUCGAGUGGCUAAACGCAAAACCACUCAAGCCCAGAGACCAGACAGGGAAGGUCACAUGAUCGGGAUGUCUGCUUAUCAAGGUUCUGGUCCAAUCCAGCUUUGGCAGUUUCUACUGGAACUGCUUCUGGACUCCACCUGCCGAACCUUCAUCUCCUGGACGGGGGACGGCUGGGAGUUCAAGAUGUCUGACCCCGCAGAGGUGGCCAAGCGCUGGGGCCAGUGCAAAAACAAACCCAAGAUGAACUACGAGAAGUUAAGCCGUGGCUUGCGUUACUACUACCACAAGAACAUCAUCCACAAGACGGCAGGCAAACGCUACGUCUACCGCUUUGUCUGUGACGUGCAGGGCAUGCUGGGAAAGACGGCACAGGAGGUCCUGAGAAGUUUAAACGUCCUCCCCACAAACUCCGAGACGUGGCAGUGUCCCGGUGUGUCGGAGAGCAGCAGUGAAACGUGGACAUCGCAGUAGGAAGCGGGUGAAGUGAGAAUGACCGUUGACGCCGGAUCUCACUCAGUCACAGCAGCAGCAGCAUGUUUGUAGAAGCUGCAUAUCAGGGAAAAAGAAUCCAAAACUCUUUCAUUUACCAUGCAAUCAGACAACAUGUGACUUAUUUGAAGUCCUAAUCCCAAAUACCCGACCCAUAAACAUGUCAUUCCUCAUCCCAGAGCUGCACAGGGGCCACGUUCAGCACUAGACUCUUGUCUCAGGCCAUAUCUUAAUUUGAUGUGCUUGUGAUGAGGAAACGAUCUGUAAAUAAUGUUUAUAUAAACCACAUAUGGAGUUUUGUGCAUUUAUAUUUACAUAAUAUAUAUUUUUUUCUAAUACAAAACUCGUGUCUACCUCUGUUGCUAUUCAGAAAAACAUGAACGAAGACCGUUUCCAGGCCCCACUGUGAAAGUUUCAGCCUGUGUGUUGACUGGUGUAAAUAAACUGUAUAUAAACAUA